GUUGUAUUUUUGUUCUGACUUCUGUUUAGUUGUCAGCAAACAGUAAAGACGACCCAAAAGGCAAAAGCAAAGCCUUGGCCCCGGCCCAGUCUAACGAGUGACGACGAGAACACAGUACUGUCAGCAGCUGUCUUCAACUUAGUGCAGAGUGCCACAAGAAAGUUGAAAGCGUGCUAAAGCAUUCCAACCGGGAUAAGGGAGAAAUGAGGAUUUCGGUGUUGAUUACUAUCUAGUAGAUCUACGUCCUUGGUUACCAUCGCUAGAAUCUAGAAGUAGACCUAGUACCUACAGACCAGUUCGUCCGGAUCUGCUGUGUAGUCUGUCCUUGUUCCCGUUUCGACGUGAACCAGUCUGCCCAGCCUAGCGCCUGUCGCUAACAGUAUUACGCACAUUAGUCAUUGUCGCUAGUAGUAUUUUAUAGCAGCUAUGGCUACUCGACCCCAUACAGACCUGUUUCUUCGACUCAGACACGAGGCCUUGGCUGAGAGGAGAGCGGAGGAGGAACAGGGAACAGGGGACAAUAUUGCACUGGUUGGAUCAGCACGUGGCACCCGUGGAGAGGAGAGCGUUGCAUUUACUCGCGGCGGAAUUGCGGAACUGCCACCGGAAUGGUGCGACGGUGUGGAGGAGAUCCAGUUCGAGUUGACGAAAAUCAAGCAGAGGAUCCACGAGUUGCAGGCCAUUCAUGACAAGCACAUGAAUCGACCAUCGUUUGAUGACACCAUGGAGGAAGAACACGAAAUUGAGAUCAUGACUCAAGAAAUCACACAGAUGUUUCAUCGAUGUCAGAAGCUGAUUCAAGGCAUAGGAAAUCGGGGUCGUGGCGGAAGUAACCAGGAAACGAAGGUGACAAAGAACGUGAUGUCAUCGCUUGCGUCCAGCUUGCAGGACUUGUCUGUGACAUUUCGAAAGGCGCAGUCAUCGUACUUGAAACGAUUGAAAAAUCGUGAUGAGCGGGAAAAGCAGCUGUUCGACACUCCGGCAACACAGGUUUCUAGCUUCAUGGAGGAGGAGAAUGUAACCGAAGAUGAGCUAUAUGAUCGUGGCUUUACAGAGAACCAGCUCGGGCUGGUUGAGGACAAUUCUGCAAUGGUGGAGGAGAGAGAACGGGAAAUCAUCAAGAUCGUGCAGUCCAUCGCAGACUUGAAUGAGAUAUUCCGGGAUCUGGCCACGAUGAUCGUUGAGCAGGGAACCGUAUUGGAUCGAAUCGACUACAACAUCGAGCAAGCCGCUGUAAAGAUCGAGGAAGGUGUUGUUCAACUGCAAAAGGCGGAGAAGUCUCAUAAAGGCACUCGAAAGAUGCUAUGCAUAAUCGUCCUUGCUUUGCUUGUUGUCGGUGGUAUGGUCGUAUACAUCGCCUUGAAAGUUAAAUAGUGUCAUACUUGUAUGAUUUGAGUCAUUUCAGUUGGAAUCGGGCACUCCUGCAUUAGCCGCUGCUGUUGCUGCAAUCUGGGUUCCAUGUUUAGGGUGUGAUGAUAAUGAUUUCCUGCUUAACUAUGAGGACACGACCUAGUGCUGCCGUUCAUGUAUCCCAUUAUAGCCGACGGUGUGCUGCUCUGCUUUAUUCUGUUGGCAACUCCGCCGGUAUCUUCUGGUGAAGUGGCUGGUCUGCUUCUGUAGAGAUGCUGUUGAUGUGACAGCUCCGGCCUGCUCUACCGGGGUGCUUGGCUAUCAAUUUAACACCCCCCCCCCCUUCUUUUGGAAAUCUGUUAUCUUAUUUCAACAUUAGAUCAAAUGCAUGACUGCCUCUUGUCAAUUAUGAACUCGUUGCCAAGAAUUGCAUAAUGCAAAUUCAACAAUCUACAGUGCUGCUCAAUUAAAUCUUAUCCGGCGGUGUCA